UGCCGGGCAAAUUCAUUAUAAUUACAAAGCUGAUGUAAUUUUGUCUGAAUUUGUCAUUGUGUUUUCACUUUUCUUUGCGUAACUAUUUCCUAUGAAAUUUUGUCCGUAUUGUGAAAAUAGGAAAAAAUACAUCACCGCUGUAAACUACUGAUAAUACACUGAAUGACACUACAUAAAUGGAUGAAGAACAAUAUAUUGAUGGAGAAACCAGGCAGGGGAGAGGUCCUCAUAGAGGUACGGCUAGGAACAACAAUACUGGUAGCAAGCGGAGGAAUCAGUCUUCGAGCGGUGAAAUCUUUCAUAACACCAAUAGAGCAAUUUACCGUGUCGGUUCGGCUCAAUCUUUAGCAUCAAUGAGUCAUUCAGUCGGAGCUUCAUUUAGGGGGCACACGGGGCGGGCACCGCAUCGCAUAAACCAAAAUCCUAGCAACUCUGCGUACCAGGCUAACAGGUCAAAUAAUCAUUCAAGACCUCGCGAUUCUGGUAAUCGUCCAAACAAAUACACACCACCACGUAAUAUUGGUUUUUUGAUGUUGCAAAACCUUGCUAAAUCAGAGAGUAAGGAAAUUAUUUCACAAAUUAACGAUAAAAAGGAGGCAUUCAUGAAUCUGCUUCAGUCGCCCAUAGAGAGGCAGGAUGUAUUUGCUUUGGUUUUGGAACUUUUGGCGAAGAUUAGUCAGUCAUCAUUUGAUCAGCUAAAGUUGACAAUUCUAUUGGACGUAUGCAAUUCAGCAUUUAUACUAAGCUUGCGCAACUAUUUGAUGGAUCUGCCAUAUCCAGAACGCAAGUCUGUUAACAGUAUGUACUGGAAAAAUCCUAAUGAAUUUUGGGGCAAUUUUUUAAUGUUUUGUGAAUGCAUUACUACCUUGUCCCCGUCCACAGCCUUAGCUAAAUGCAGGUCUCUGAUAGAUGGAACUACUAAACUAUGUUUAGAGGCUCUAGCCGAAAGACAUAAUUAUGAGCUACCUGAUAAAUACAAUUUGACGCUGAUAAAAUUACGUACCGCAUUAACCGAACAUGAAAAACAAAAAACGGAAGCCGGAGUGCAACGCAUAAAGCCUCAAAUAAAUGACGAAGAACACGAACCACCGGAGGAUUUUAGACAACUUAGUGUCGUGCCUAGACGAGGCGAUUUGAUUGAUGAGCGUCCGUACCUUCGGUCCAAUAUUGUUAAGGGAGGCUAUCGUGACGUCGAUCACUACCUGGACGUUCAGUUCAGACUGUUCCGUGAAGAUUGCUUCGGCCCACUCCGUGAAGGGAUACGCCAAUUCAUACAAGAUCCCACGAAAAGAAAAUAUGACCAUAUAAGAGUGUUCCGCAACGUAAAAUUUGUGGAGCCCUAUGUAUCAACGCAGAGAGUUGGCUCAGUUGUGGAAUUUGAUGCUAUCACAAAGAAAAGAUUCAAAAAAAUGAACUGGAACCAUAACAAGCGUUUCAUUUUCGGAUCGCUCGUAUUAUUCACAAAGGACAAAUGUAAAAACUUAAUUGUGGCUACAAUUCUUGAUAGAGAUGUGAAAUAUCUUGAUAAAGGGAAGAUUCCAGUAACAACGGUUGACUUAGAAGCUGGAGACAAUUUAUAUAAAAACGAAACAUACACGAUGAUAGAAAGCGAAGUCUAUUUUGAACCUUAUUAUCAUGUGCUUAAAGCCAUGCAAGAGCCCUCUUUCCCGGAACAUAUUGUCAUGCAAAAGUACAUAAUUGAUGUAAAUCCUGAACCACAGCCAGCAGCAUACGUGGACGAAAAUAGAACAUAUACUAUGGAAACUGAACUUUCUUUACGCAAAACUUUUAAAGUAUUAGACUUCGACACUUGGCCAAGUAGUGAAGAAAUGAACUUAAAUGAAAGUCAAUAUGAGGCUUACAAAAUGGCUCUCACCCACGAGUUCGCUGUUAUUCAAGGCCCUCCUGGUACAGGAAAGACCUAUUUGGGUGUGAAAGUAGCUAAGACAUUUCUAGAAAAUCUGGAGAGUGCUAGAGGAUCGCUUUUGCUAUUAGUAUGCUACACGAAUCAUGCUCUAGAUCAAUUUUUAGAAGCAAUCUUACCGAUCACCAAUUCUAUCGUUCGGAUUGGUGGCCAGUCUCGCAAUGCGGCCAUGGAGAGCAUCAAUUUGAAUACCAUACGAAAGAAAGGACAGCAAGCACCGUCUUCGAGUCGAAGACUGUUCUUUGAGCAAAGACAAAACUUAAAGGAGUGUAUUCUUAAAUUAAAAAGAGCGCAAGAAUGCAUUCAAUCCUUAAGCACUUGUGUCCUAAGUCACAACUGUAUUCAAAGUUUUGUUCCAGAGAGUAUAGUUCUUGGCGAAAUUUAUAAACGUUCUAAUGGAAACUUCAAAGAUCCGUUAUAUUGUUGGUUGUUUGAAAAUGUGGUAUAUGACUUCAACGAACCGAUUAAGUUUGAAGAUGAAGAAAAUGUACAUCCCAACAACAAUACAGUUGACGAUAUAGAUGACAGAAAUAAUUUUGUCUUGGAUGAUUUAGAUACUGAAAAUUUAAGUAUAACUUUUGACAUGAAUAUACAGACUUCGUUUUCAGUAGACAAAGGCCGAGAACAUAUAAAAUAUUUGAUUUCGCGUCAUAGAAAUGCUACAAAAAGACGAGAACAAUAUGAUUUGCAUAGGGAAAUUAUUGUUACGAGAACCUUAAUCCGGAUGUUCGACGAGAUGAGAUCCUAUUACAACCAAGGAGUUGAAGUCAGCGACCAAGCUAACAUACGUGAUCCGACCAGUCUGAACCCAGUUGAUCGCUGGAUGCUGUAUUUUAAGUGGACUAACUAUGUUGCAAAUGAUCUUAGAGAGAAGGUUCAACCACUGCAGGACGAGCUAAGAACAGCUAGUGCUGAAUACGAAGAGUCUCGGAUGAUAGUGGACUAUGAGCUGUUGAAGAAUCACAAAGUCAUUGGCAUGACUACUAGUGGUGCUGCGAGGUUAAGAAAGCUUAUCAAGGCCUUGGCUCCACCGAUUGUCAUAGUGGAAGAAGCUGCGGAAGUGUUAGAGCAGCACAUAAUUACGUGCUUAACAAAAAGAUGUCAACAUCUAAUUCUUAUCGGGGAUCACCAGCAGCUCAGACCUUCGGCGUCAUACAUGAAGCUGGCGAGGCAUUAUAAUAUCGAAGUUUCGCUGUUCGAGCGUAUGAUUAUGAACGAGGUACACAGCCGGCGUCUCACCGUGCAACAUCGUAUGCGGCCGCAGAUCUCGGCACUGAUCACUCCGGCAAUUUACUCCGACCUGCAGGACCAUCCCUCUGUCCAGGACUUUCCCAACGUGCGAGGCGUUACAAGUAACGUUUUCUUCUUCACCCAUAAUUACAUGGAGGAGGUUGUAGAAGACAGUGCCAGCAAAACAAAUGAACAAGAGGGAGACAUGGUCCUCGGAUUGGCAAACUAUCUGAUGCAGCAAGACUACAAUCCCGAAGACGUCACAAUUUUAGCUGCCUACUCUGGCCAAAUGUUCUACUUGAGAAAACAACGUAAUAAAUAUACCCACUUGUCUAAAGUCAAAAUUACAGUUGUGGAUAAUUAUCAAGGUGAAGAAUCAAAGAUAAUACUUCUAUCUCUCGUCAGAAACAACCCUGACAACAAAAUUGGAUUUUUAGGCACCGAAAAUCGUGUAUGCGUGGCAUUGUCGAGAGCCAGAGAAGGAUUUUACAUAUUUGGAAACAUCGAAAUUCUGAAAAGCAAUUCACCACUUUGGACGAAAAUUGCUGCCACAUUAGAAGGCUUCGGAUCGCUCGGUACAAGCUUACGACUUGUGUGUGAAAAUCAUAAGAAUGAAGUAUCUGUCAUUUCAUCUCCGUUGGAUUAUAGUAAAGUGCCUGAAGGAGGUUGUCUCCUGAAAUGUAACUACAAUCUACCCUGUCUUCACUCCUGCCCGCUUAUGUGUCACGGAUACGAUCGAGGACAUAAAGAGACUAAGUGCAUACUUAAAUGUGAAAGAAUUAUUUGCGAACUGAAUCAUGUAUGUCCUUUGAAGUGCAUGGAAAAGUGCAAACCAUGCCAAAUUAGGCUUAAAAAAAAAUUGCCAUGCGGCCACGAUAUGUUAGUGCCAUGUCACUUGGACCCUAACGACCCUGAAGUAAAAUGCUUGACAGUGGUCCCUGUCAAGUUGCCAAACUGCGGUCAUGAGGUGAAGAAGUCGUGUUAUAUGAAGACCGAGAUGGUAAAGUGUCCCGUACCCUGUGAGUACAGAGUGGAUAAGUGCGGGCACGUAUGUACACGCAGUUGCCACGUUAAGGAUGACCCGGAUCACGAAAGGUACUUAUGCCAUAAGCCCUGCGCCAAGGCUAAGAAAGGAUGCACUAUGGAGUUCGAAGGCGAUCGCGGAGACCAUCAGUGUGUUAAGAGGUGCCAUGAGGAUUGCGACGAAUGCAAUGUUGAAGUAAUGAAAAAAAGGAAAGCCUGCAAACACAAGGAACGGGUCGCCUGCUCAAAGACUCCUGAUGAAAAGCCAUGUCUUAAAAAGUGUGCGCGCGUACUACCUUGCGGACACUUCUGCCAAAAGAAGUGCUCUGAACCGUGCCGAACAGACUGCAAACAAAUAGUGAAGAAGAAGAUCCCGGAAUGUAACCAUGAAAUUUCGCUCGAGUGUGGAUUGGAGCCAGUCCGCGCAUUUUGUAAGAAACUGUGCGAACGCACUCUGACCUGCGGCCACCGAUGUUUGGGAAGCUGCAGCGAUGUCUGCAAACCUGAUAUGUGCAAAGAACUAAUGCCAAGAUACUUCGCAUCGCCUUGUGGACACAAAGUACAACUACCCUGCAGUGUUUACGCCGCCUCAUCAAGUGCUGGAAUUCAACCGGAAAUGCUGCUGCAAUAUUGCAAGGAACCGUGCGGCAAGACGCUGGCUUGCGAUCACGAGUGCGUGGGUACGUGCGCACGGUGUAAACAGGGCCGCCUCCACGUGCCCUGCGCGAAGCCCUGCCACCAGGCCAACAUCUGCGGACACCAGUGUACAGAGCCUUGCAACCAGGUGUGCCCGCCGUGCAGGAAACCCUGCGAGGUGAAGUGCCAGCACUCCCGCUGUAGACGUGAUUGUGGCGCGCCCUGCGUGCCUUGCCAGGAACCGUGCGGGCGUGCUUGUGUGCACAGCGCGUGCAAGCGGCGCUGUGGCGAUGUGUGCUUGCGCGCAGCUUGCGUGCUAGCGUGCAUACGCACACUUCCCUGCGGGCACCCGUGCCGCGGCCUGUGCGGUGAGCGAUGCCCCGACGUGUGCAAGCAGUGCCGCCCCGAUACAUUCCCCACGGACUUCCUCGGUGAUGAAUUCGACGACGACGCGCUAUUCAUCGUAUUAGAAGAUUGUGGUCACGUAAUGGAAUUCGAAAAUAUGGAGAACCUUAUGAAAGGCGAAAGCGAUCUUGUAGAAAUCCGGCGUUGUCCAUAUUGCCGCAAAUCUAUCAUAAACACUCCCCGUUACAAGGAUCUCGUUAACAAUACAUUGGCCAAGGAGAUCAAUCCCAUCAAAGAACGAGUCUAUGGCAAUGAAGCAAGGAUUAUUGAAAGGAAAAGGGAGCUUAACGAAGCAGUUGCAAACUUUCAUAAUAUUCACAACAGUAUUUAUACAGAUUCAAUAUACUCGCAUUGGAAACUUGCGUUCGAACAGAUAAUACUAGUUGUGAAGUCAAAGAAAAAGCAUUCGUUGCUACAGCUAGAUAUGUACUUUACAUAUUUGAACAUAUUGGAGCUGCUUUCUGAUGUUCACAGAAAAUACAAAACAGUUACUUCGAAGGAGUUGCAAAUAAAACUGGUGUAUCAAAACGAAAUUAUAUGCAAGUCUCUUACGCAGAAUGUACACAAGUUAAGCCAACAACAGCAAGCGGACAUAAAAAACGAGUUGAAGCGAAUGAAUGCUAUCGUCAACCUAUCGAAAAUAAUUAGCCACCAAGCGUAUCUUGCAAACCAAAGUGUCCCUAAAGUUAUUGAGGCUUAUAACACAGCUAAAACAAUAAUUUUGAGCUGGAGCAUUUACGAACAUGACAAAUCCACAGAGGCUCUGAAUGAACUUCAGACUGCAAUAAAAGUAAGCGGUGUUGUUACACAUUCAGAAAGGCAGCUGAUUAUCAAAGCAAUAGGCGCUAAGGCGGGACAGUGGUUCAAAUGUCCCAACGGCCAUUACUACAGUAUAGGCCAGUGUGGUGGAGCUAUGGAAAUAUCCAGGUGUGUGGAGUGCAAAGCUCAGAUUGGCGGAACAAAUCACAGUCUGUUGACGACCAAUAGGCAUGCUGCGGAAUUUGACAACUCGAGAUUCGCUGCGUAUUCCGAAGAGGCCAAUAAUAUGGCAAAUUUUGAUUUAGAUCAUAUCGUUUAAGUUUUGAGCUUUUAACUUUUUUAAUUGUAUUUUUUGAGUAUGUUCACCGAUUUCUACAUUUAGUUUGGCGUGAUUUAAAAAAAAAAUUAAAGCCAGGUGAUUCCAUUUUUAAACAAAUCUGGAUCCUUAGAUACAUUGUUGCCACUUCUGAUGUACACGAAUCUCUCUGAAUUGACAGGUCUAAAAGUUAUGCUAUCCUCUUCACUAUUUUCUCGGUGGAAAGAGAGAGAACUAUUUUUAGACUUGCCAAUUAAGUUUAAAGAUUACCUACUGACGAAUUGGCACCACCAGCAGGGCAGGAGACAAUUAUAACGACGGGGAAAGGAUAUAAAUUUAACUUCUCACACAGCUUUAACAACUUUCAGAGCACUGGCGCACACGUGGAAAUAAUAUCCAAAAAAUAUAUAGGUGUAUUAAUAAACGUGGGUAAACUUCCCCUAUUACAUGUGCCAGUAAUUUAGCAGGUGGGCACGUUAAUUAUAUCCCUUGUCAGGGGAUAUCGUUUUUAUCUCCCGCCCGUGCUAGCCCUGCUGUGUGUAUUGUCGUAAAUCAAAUGGAAUCUAUAAGUAAUUCAAGCGUUUGAGAGUUCGAGAUGUCAUUUAUGUCGGUUGAUGGUUUUUUAAACUACGUAUUUGUAAUGAUUUUUUGUAUACUCAAUAGUUUUACAUUUUAUUCCAACGUCGAAUUUCAAAUAAUAAUUCAUUAACUACUGGGAACUUUAAAUCCAAAUACCGAUACUUAUUCUCUCUUACCUGCAACAAUAUUUAAUUUUAAUUGACUGUCUAUUGCUUUUUUUUGUUAUCAUAGUUUAUGUUUUUUUUUGUGUUAUUUAAUGGGCAAUACUUAUAAAUGACAACAUAUGUACUAUUCGUUGUGUUAUAUUAAUAGACUCAAAUACACCAGUCAUCACUGCAGCUUAUCUAGAAAUCGUAUGCUAGCACUUGAUUUGAUGAGCUGCUUUCCAGGGUCAAAUCAUAUAGGUAAGACUGGUUUCAUAUUUUUUUUUACAACUGCGAGAUUUUUAACAACCUACUAUUGGCGCGGCUAGAGUUACCCUUGACAAAGGGUUUUGAAUAUUUCGAGCCUAGCUUAUCACCUGUCUUCAAUCAUUACAACGGUCAUCAUUACAAAUAGGUAUUUCAUUCAGUGAUCGAAUUAUAAGUCCAAAUCUUCGUAAGUGUCAGGUUUCCGAGAAAUAAAUUGUCAUGUUUUAUUGAUUGUCUUUCGUGAAUUAACGUAUACCUAAUAUUAAUCGUAGAAGUGAAUCGUAGACGGCUCUGAAACAUUGUUCUGUGUCUAAAUCGACAAGAUAUUUAUUAUGUUUUAUUUUAUUUUUUCUUACUAUAUGAUUGGUGAUUGAGAACUGACUGAAUAGAAUUAAAUAAAUGAAGGUCGUGGUCUUCUAAAUUAGGUAGUAGUAGUAGUUUGGAUAGAAUUUAAAGAUGCAUAGUGUAUUAUCUAAAAUCUACGAUUGCGGCCCCCCCGUUGUAUGUUGUCGCGUGGUUGUCGCCCUAGUGGAUCAAUUUUUAUAAUUUACCUGUAUCAGGUUUACGGCCAGUGCCGGAUUAACCACAUAGCAAGAGUAGCAAUUGCUAUGGGCCCCGCGCGAAAGAGUUGCAAUUGCUAUGGGCCCCGCGCGAAAGAGUUUGUAGAAGUAAGUUAUUACGAAAGUGAAAAAUCGUAGUACCUACGUAAAACGAGGGUCAACAAAAAGAUAAUUUAUGUAAACAACCUGAGGUUAAUUCCAUGCGAGCGUAAAAGAGACCUGUGUGUCCUUCUUUCUUACAGUUCACAUGCAAGUGACAUCACAAUUUGUUUUUCGCUUUGUAUAAGUUCUGCACAAUCGCAAUCGUGAAGACUUUUUGGAUUAUCGAUUCAGUCAUUUUCGAUAUCGAGAGUUUCAAAUUUACCUAUAUCCUAAUACGUGCAAAAUUGACCUUAUGCUACUAGCUUUAGAGUCGCAAAGGCUGUAAUUCAGUUUUUUUUUACUUUGACAUGAGCGCUUGCUAUAGAUGUGUGACAAAAUUUAGCUUUAAGACAAGUUUUUAUAUCUCGAAAGUCGAAACCAACAUUCAUGUAAAGAAUACAUUAAUUUUAUUACAUCUAUUUUCAUUAAACUUUGUUUACAUAAUCUAUACUGUCUGUCUUUAGUGUCAUGUAUUGCGAGGAAGGAAGUGAAUCAAAACUGUUGUUAAAAACAUCACGAUUAACAAAAGCAUCCGAAACGGAAGUGUUGAUUGAAGUUCAAGAUGUGCACUUCUUGAAAUAAGUAAUUAUCUCUCUAAAGUUGCUUAAUGGUUUUUUUCCCAGGUAGGUACAGGCAAUAAUGCCCAAGGCCCCAAAGAGUCUAUAAGUUUUUAUUGCAUGCUUGCAUUGCACGAGUGCUCAGAUUUGAGUACCUAGGUACCUACCUGUUUUGCUAUCGCUAAGUUGGCGUAGUUUCGUUUAACGAAAAGGAUAAAACACAUUACUGUGGCAUCAGGCAUGACAUAAAAUAAGUUAUGCGCUGUUUUUAUACGAUCAAACUUAUAAAGAUGUCAGUUAGAUUUGCGUUAUUCCUCUAUUAUCACAACAUUUAUUUGUAAGGCCCUAGUGUCUGAAAAGUUACCCCAUGUGAAGAGCCGUUAUUUCAAAAAUUAUCGCUAGUUUAUUGUUUAAAGCACCCUUACGUUCAUGAAAC